GACAGGAAGUGACGGAGACGCUGAAGGCGACUGAAGGGAGGGGUCUGAACUGGGAGCUGGCCAGGACGCCUGGGUUCACACAGUGCUCUGAGGACAGGGUACCCCCCGCUGAGCCCCUCUCCCCACCCCGAAAGUUGUUUCCAUCGCGUCAUUCGCGCCAACGGCUCCGGGCAGGAAACGCUGCGUCACGGCAUCGACCACUUCCCCCCCCAGCCGCGCCCGGCUCCCGACACGGCCCCCACCAGCCAUGGGGCACCGCCCAGCCCGGCCCAUGGGUCCUCGCCACCCCCCACGAGCCGCUGGCGCGCCGGGCACCCUCCGCUCCCAGCCUUGACCCGAUCGCCGACGAUGCCCCCAUCUCUGCCCCCCAGCCCCCAGCUCCCGCCCCCUUCGCCGCCCCCCGCCCUGCCCUGCGCCGCCUGCCUAGUGCCCAUGCUGGCGCUGGCGGGGGUGGCCGGCCUCUUCGUGGUGAUCUCGGCCCUGCUGGGCGAGCGGCUCUUCCGGGGGGCCCGGGCCCGGGGGGUGCCCAGCAUGUGGCGCCGGGGCGGGGCGCUGUGGAUCGAGCCGGCGGCCCCGCCCCAGCUGGACAGAGCCCCCCAGGUGGAGACGGGCGACCUGUGGAUCCCGCGCCCCCCACCCAGCGCCGAGGACUGGUACCGGGGGCCCGCCGGCAGCUCGGGGAGUGGCACCUCCAGCGGCGUCCACUCGGGGGCGCCGGAGAGCUCUGGCAGCACCACGGCCUUGUGGGACCCUGAGGCACCGGCCUGGGGGGCUCAGCCCCAUGUCACCCUGCAGGACAUCUCCGAGUUCUUCCGACGCGGAGGGGGGAGGGGGCCGUGAGCACCGGCACGGGGGGGCACCAGGAGGCGACACCCCCGCCCCAAGAAGCAGGAUUCACCCCCAUGGAUGUUGGGGCAGAGCUGAGAUUUUGGGGGGACACUUUGAAAAUUGGAGGGGCACAAGCCUGUUGAGGACCCCCCCACUGUCCCCCACCAUGGGACACAGAGGGGUCUGCACCCCCCUGCCUCCCUGGCCCGCCAUGGGGCACAGAAGGGCUGCUCUAUGGGACAUGGGAAAUUUCUGCCAGCGGCCGGUUCUCGGGGCUACGGACAAGUGGCCAAAGCUCUUGGCUCCGUUAACAGCCCCUGGGUGGGGGCUCGUUGUGUCCCCUAUUCACCCCCUGUGACAAAGUGGGAAUGUUCUUAAUGUUGUCUCUGAACACUGUGUGGGUGCCUCGGUUUCCCCAUGCCGUUCUCAAGGUGCCAGCUGAACGUGUUGGAGAACAAAGAGAUCAGGUGACCCCAUGGCCCAGGAAAGAGACAAAGGCCACGGGGGGGCUGGAGAGUCUCAGUUUGGAGC